AUGGCGACCUCACAGCCCGCAGCGGGCAGUGAUACUUACCAGGAUGAGGACAAGCCAGGUGUUUGUCGGAAGUGCGCCGAGUCUGGCCUGGACUGUUUUGCUUUCCUGGGCCGGGGUGCAGUUGCGACUGGGCGGGGUGCCUAUCAGGCAACACGACAAUGCGCGUAUCCGGUGAAGGAGUCCCUCCUGGGCGCCGCAGACAAUACGCUCUUGACGGGGGAGGGCAUGCCUGCGGUUUGUAUGCAGGGGAUGUCAAUGUGCAUCUUCUGCGUACGGCAUCCCUUCGAAACGAUGCAGAACAGAGAAGAUAGCCUCGUUGUUGCAGGCAUGGAUUUGGAACUCAGCAACUGCUCCGAAAAGAAAGACCGGAUGUUGGUUCAAGCAGGGAGUGCAGGGGCUGGUGAGGGGAACAACGGCACCUGCCUUGCAGAGGCCAUCAUUGUCAGCGUGCAACAGGGCUUCUUCAUGUUGUACCUGGCCUCCUUAGCAGACAUUGCGCCGGAGGACCCACGGCUGAUGGCAGCACUGCGGGCAGCCAGCCAGGCCACGAUUUUCCUCGCAGUGUCGUUCCCGCUUCGGAAGCACUGGGUCUUCACAGCGUCCCAGCUACCACUUCCUGCCGGGACGAGGUCCACGGACAGCGUCACACAGGGAGGAGCAGACCUGCUGGACCUGUGGGAGGAGUUCAACAGCUUCGUCACCAGCCGGCGCAAAAAUGGCGCUGCAAGCUGGGAUGUUGUGGUACUGCAGGUUGGCAAGGGCACGGAAGAAAGCCAGCGCUUCGCGUUAACUGAGGUGCUUCGCCACAACUACGCGGCUCUGCUGAAGGAAAUCUCGGUGUCGAAUGUGAUUCUCUACCAGACCUGGUCCGGCCCCUGGCCAGAGGAAAACGAGGUGGAGCAGCUCAACAAGAGCCUGGAGGAGUACACUGCAGCACUUCUGUCUGCAGGGCUGGCGGCGGUGACACCCGCCAGGGUGGGUCACGCAUUUCUGCAUGUCCGGGCCGCACGCGCAGAGAACGACCGGAUCUAUCCGGCCUUGUGGAAGGAUGACAUGGGCCACGGCUCUGCACUGGCAGGUGCCCUAGCCGCAGCGGUGCUGGUGAGGGCCCUCGGUCUGGAUGACGGCCGCCCUUUGGGAAGGAUUCUUGAAGCGAUGCUUCCAUCCGCCUGGCGAACGGCAAGCCCCGGCUUCGCAGGACAGGCGGAGUUUGGCCAGAAGGGCUGGCGGGAUGAAGGAAAAGGUACCACCGCAGAAGUGAUGCAGCUGCUGGGAAACACGGAGGAGGAUCUGCCCUUGAGCAAGUACCCUCCCGGCAUGCGCACAGAGAAGAGAGACCUGGGCUUUGCCUUUGGCGACAUCCUUGCAUCAGCUGCCUCCAAGGCUGUCGAUGCAUGCACAGUGGAUGCCUCCGCCGCACGGACAGCCGCAGGCUAUGCAACGCAACCGCCAGCUGCCGCUGAAGCAGUGAGCAAAUCAAGAAGGUGGAAGCGCUGA